ACGCACCCCUCUGCUUGGACGAGUUCGACACGUUCCUGGUCCCUGACCUUCCCCGUCCUCGUUCUGGUUCAUUCAAUGGCCCACACAAUCUCCAUGCUCCCAAUACCCCCAUUUACCACGACCGAAGCCGCCUCUGCCCUUGACAACUAACAUCCUUCGAACCCGCUCCACGCUGCCGGCCAAUCGCCAUCUACGAUACCUGGUCGGUCGAGCUUUCCCGAACCUGCCACCGACUGGACUCCGCAUUGCUUUCCUCACGUCCACUGCGCCCGCUGAUCUCUUGCCAUCGCUGUCUCGCGCCGAGACCUACGAUUCUUAUGCACACUGCCAACGUAGAAGCCGCUCCUUAGACUGAGAAUGGAAUCCAGGGCUCCAAAACAGCCGAUGGUCCGGAUAUGCAGCUCUGGAACGCCUAGCAUUACCUUCAUGCAGCCGAUAUCAUCGCUGCCCUAUCAUGUGCGAGCACUCGGAAGAUGGAAAAACAGCCUCUGAUGCACUGGGUCGAUUCGGAAGCGUUACUCCAGACCGCUGAGGUGGAGCAGCCGACUCACCGUCGACACACUGUCACACAGCGAGUGUGGAUGGAUGCUGUGGAGCAGGUGCUCGGCAUCGCCCUGUCGCACUUGCGCACGACGGCUUUCUCCCAGGAUCCUGCUACCGAUUGCACCUGUGGUGCAACCAAGGCUUCCACGUCUCGGACCGUGUUCCAAUAGGUCUUAUGCGCACCGUGGGCACCGUUGGCACCGUCGUCCACCCGCUCUCUUUCCUCUCGAACGUCCCGGGCACAGUUUUCUUGCGAAGGGGGAGGUGAAGCCACCAUGUCGCGUUCGACUGCUGGCCGAUGCACACCGCCCAUGUCGGGUAAUCUGCAUCGACAAGGCAGCGCCAGGAACAUUCUCAGCCAUGCGAAUGAGCGAGCUCAUCCAUACGGGCUUUCGCUGCGCAUCCUCCCUCGUCAUCAUUUGCGGAUCCAUUCGUAGCCGAUGCCUCAGCGAGAUCACGACAUUCCAGCUCAGUGACCAGCUAGCUCAUCGAGCGAGCGUAGAAAUACGCUCCACAGGCUCCAGCCAUCCACUGCACUGAGCCCAGUUGGACCGACACAUUGAUCUGAACUAUCCUCCCGACCCCAGCUCGUUAUGCUUCAUCACCCGUAGAUGGGAUAUGUGUACAAAUGACCGAGCUGCGCACUACGAGGUCAGCGGCCGGGUAUGACGCAUCAACGCCUGAGGUUUGGUGAUGGGAACACUGAGUGUAGACAACGAUAGUGCAGUUGCUUGGGCGUCAAUCAGAGCGCUGGAGGAUGUCUGCGGAAUGUUGGGAUGGCUAGGGGUAUCGCCAAUAGACCUGGUCAGGAGGGUGAACGGUAGGAUCGUCUGUGGAUAGAAGCAAAUAUAAGGACAGCAUGAGAGUUUCAAAGAGAAUGAGGUGAAUCAUCGGGAAGAGUGAUUGGCUUACCUGGGAGUUGAAGUGGCAGUUUGAUUGUCGGUCUGAAUUCCGACGCUCAUAUAAAUCAAAUGGUAUCACUUGA